CGAAGACGACGACGACGACGACGAUGACGACGACGAUGCCGCCGUCCCUUUGAGACCUGGACCAGGCUCCGCUCAGGAGGAUGGACAAAUUCAUCUAAAGGGCCACAUUCCACCCCUGCAGCAGAGUCGAGCCCAAAGGUGACUCUUCCACUGUUGGUGCUGUUCCUGGGUUUUCAAGAUUGCAAUCCUGGUCCUGACCCUCAGGGCUGAGGUGAGCGAAGCAGCGUGUUGCAGCGGCCAAAUGAGAGAAUGGAGCUGAAGAAGGCAAGCGGCACUUCUCCCAGAAUCUGCAGCAUCAUGGAAGUGGCGCCGUGCAUGUUUCUUAUCCUCCUUGUGCAGCAUGUGGACGCUGCAGUUGGUGACCAGUGCUGGCAGGGGGUGACGUUCUCAGAGACCAUCAUCUCUCCCAACCUGAAGAGCGGCAACAUCCUGCGGGUGCCGGAGGCGCCGUCGAACGCGCAGUGUGCCGAGGCCUGCUGCGAGCUGCCCAGCUGUGAUCUGGCCUGGUUCUUCGAGCGCCGCUGCUACGUGCUGAGCUGCCUGCACUCGGACGACUGUCAGCCCCGGCAGCGGCCCGGCGCCGACUCCCACGUCACCUUCCUGCGGCGCGGCCUGCCCCCGGCGCUCGUGCUGCAGUCCCUGGUGCGCGGGCAGCCCUACGCGGGUCGCUGGAGACCCCUCCCUCAACCCAAAGGAGCCGCCACCCUCAAGGACCUGGCUCUCUUCAGUGGGAUUCGGGACUUCGACGACCUCGGCCCCGUCGAUGCGGAAUACCCGGAAGGCUACAGGAGCAUGGAGGACAGUGGCGGUGUCGGCUCCGAAGGGAGAGCCGGGGCUGAACCGGUCAAGGUUCAGCAGAAGGAGAGUUCCGGAUAUCUGGAUUGGCCGACGGUGCUCGGGAGGGAGGGGCUCAACCUUUCGGAGGCAGUGGGAGGAGUGGUGGACAGGGACUCUCUGCAGGACAUGUCCCCGGAUGACCUGCCUUUGCAUAGCCCCUCCCCUACGGACAUAUAUGAAGAUGGGGUGCCGCCCACCGUCCCAAGCCCCGCCCACAGCUCAGUGCCAUCGCUACUCCAGGACCUUGGCAACAGCAGACUCUCUCAGAACGACUCCUCCUCCAGCAGUGCCCCGCCCACAGCUCCGCCUCCAAACAGCACCUCUGACCCCACCUCUCAGGGCCAUAUAAGGACUUCCCUUCCAACUGAGACCCCACCCCCUGCAGCCACUACAGCCCCACCCACUGCUGCCCCACAGCAAGUGAGAACCCUGCUGGUUUCGGUGGGAGACCCUGUGCAGGUGACACUUCCCUUGAGCACAGUGGAACUGGAGGCUUCUGUGACCCCUGAGCCCCAGACAGGCACCUACGAAUACGAGUGGAGUUUGCGCCGUUUUCCACCCGGCCACCGGGGGGCGAUAGAGGGCCAGCACAGCAAGUCGCCGAAGCUCUCCGGGCUCUCUGCAGGUGAAUAUGUGGUGAAGGUGACUGUGACCGGGGACCACGCGUACGGAGAAGCACUGGUGAACAUCACCGUAAGGCCUGCUGCUCGCGUGAACCGGCCCCCUACUGCAGUGGCGUCCCCCCAGACGCAGGAAGUCCUGCUCCCGGCCUCGUCCGCCACCAUCGACGGCAGUCGAAGCACAGACGAUGCUGCGGUGGUGGGGUACCGCUGGGAGCAGCUGGGGGGUCCGGUGCUGGAACGCGGGAUCCAGGUGGACACGCCCUCGCUCCACCUAUCCCAUCUGCAGCCAGGGGAGUACGCUUUCAGGUUCACCGUAACAGAUUCGGAGGGGCUGGCCGACUCGACCGUGGCCACCGUGAAGGUUGUGAAGCCUGCAGACCACCCCCCAGUGGCUGACGCGGGGCCCAAUCAGACGGUCUCGCUGCCCUCUGACCACGUGACCCUGUACGGGAACCGGAGCGACGAUGACCACGCAGUCGUCGACUACCUGUGGACGCUGGAUCCCAACAGCCAGGCCAAGGAGGUGACCAUGCAGGGUACGAGGACUCCAUUCCUCCAGCUCUCGGACCUCCGUGAGGGGGUCUACACCUUCAAGCUGACCGUCACGGAUUCUGCCGGCCAGCAGUCCUCCUCCACAGCCUUUGUGAUUGUUCAACCAGGGAGCAAUGGUGCCCCCCGGGCCGCGGUGGGUCCCGACAGGCAGCUCACCCUCCCCGUGAGCGUCGCCCAGCUAAACGGGAGCGCCAGCACAGAUGACCAAGGCAUCACGAGGUUCCACUGGGAAGCCGUCAGCGGUCCUCCCGGUCUGAAGAUCGAGCACGCUGACAAAGCCAUCGCCAUAGCAACUGGCUUCCGGACAGGGAGCUAUACCUUUCGACUAACUGUGGAGGACCAGCAGGGGGCGACAGACAGCGCCUUCCUCAACAUCACGGUCCGAGGUGAAAGUUCUCCCCCAGUGGCACAUGCUGGAGGCAGCCACACUCUCGUCCUACCCAACAACUCCCUUGUCCUGAGAGGAGGUGCGUCCAGCGCAGACCCGGCUGCCGUGUCUUUCUUGUGGGUGCGGGACGGACAGAGCCCCGCGGCGGGGGACGUCCUGUACGGUUCGGAGAGCUGGCCCUCCUUGCACCUGGCCAACCUGGUGGAGGGUACCUAUCUGUUCCAGCUGCGCGUGAGCGACGCCCAGGACCGUUCGAGCUCGGCCACGGCCAGCGUGGAGGUGCUUCCUGACCCCAGACGACAGACCGAGGUGGAGCUGGAGCUGCGAGUGCCCCUGUCCCAGGUGAGCUGGCAGCAGAGGGACACACUGAGGAGGCAGAUCGCCGCCCUGCUGCACGUGCCGGACACGGACGUGGAUCUGCGAGGGCUGCGCGCCGCCUCAGAGAUCAGCACGGUGCUCCAGCUCUGUGUGGGAUCCCCGGGGAAAUCAGUCGCGGCCCCUCAGCUGGCACGGCGGCUGCGGACACUGCUGCUCCAAGAGAGGGCUGACCUGCUGCUCUUCCGGGCACUCCGUGUGGAACCUACAGUGUGCCUGCUGAGCUGUUCAGACCACGGUCGCUGCGACCCCCUCACCAAGCGCUGCGUCUGCGAGCCGUUCUGGAUGGAGAACCCAGUAUGGCGCCUCCUACAGGACAGUGAGAGCAACUGCGACUGGAACGUCCUCUAUGUCAUCGUCUCCUCCUUUGCGGGCGUCGUCCUGAUCCUCUCGGUCGGCUGGGCCUGCGUCUGUUGCUGCAAAAGGAGGAAACGAACGAAAGUGAGGAAGAAAACCAAGUACACCAUUCUGGACAAUAUGGAUGAUCAAGAGAGAAUGGAGCUGCGGCCAAAAUACAACCUAAAACACCGGAGCACGGAGCACAACUCCAGCCUCAUGAUGUCCGAGUCGGAGUUCGAGAGCGAUCAGGACACCAUCUUCACCCGCGAGAGGGGCAAGAACCGGUCCAACGGCGCCACCAGGAACGGAGACGCCUUCGGCACCCGGCCCGUGGACGGCUGACGACGGGGAACUCGUCCAACCUCGGCGGCAGAGGACCGUCCAUCCAGAGACCCACUGAGACACGGUGGACACGGCUCGUGCGAACCGGACCCUUCCCAGAAUGCCCUGGGAGCGCUGACUGAUGAAUGUAGAUAAAACGCCAGCUGGCAGGUCCCGAUACCUUUUUAUUGCUCUUAACUGCUAAUCACUUGUAAUGUUUGAAGAAAAUUCAGGUCUGUCCACUGGCGGGCUGCUGUUCAGGAACUAAGCUGUGAAAGAGUGAGUUUUGGGGGUCGUGUUGGACGCAGACGAUGAGACCCGUCGGCAGGGAAGAUGAGCGAAGACAGAAUGAGUAUCGAAGGAAUGAAUAUUGAUCAUAUACGUGUAGGGCUACUCUUUAAAUAUCUGUUUGCACUCAUGAUGGAAGUGUAAUGAGACCAGCGGCAAGACCUUGAUGGAUUCAGGACUUCGGAGGAGCCUCGAGGACUUGAAUCACGCACUGUAGACGGGCCCGUGCUCCAAGGCCAGCCUGUGACGUGACCCUUUUCCAAGAGAAUGUGGCUUCAUGUCAACUCCAUGGAUGGUGAAGAAGCCUAGUAGGAGGAGCAUGUUGCUUUCAACACCCAUGCUGCUGCUGCUGCUGCUUCGAAACAGAGGCAUUAUGGGAGAGCGAUGCGCUGGACUAACAAGAGAUGAUGGAGAAGGGCGUUAAGAGCUCGAAAAACGGGUUCAGGUGACCCGAUGUUUACAGAUGUAACCCGAGCAUUAGAAUUUCUGAACACGUGCAAAUAAGUCAUGAAAUAUUAAUAUCAACGCUAACCUAAUAUUUCUGAAAUAUAUAACCCCCCCCCUCCCCAUGGUGUCCAUUGGUGGCCACCACUCUUGCAGUGCAGUUUGAACAUUUACCAGUGGACUGCGGUACUGCUCACGUCUCACUGCCCUGCUGUACUUGUCUCGGUGUGCUUUUUCGGAUUUUUCUUUAAAUAGAAAUGCAUAGAGGUGCUUGAUUCGUAAAUCUAUUCAAUUAAAAACUAACUGGCUCCCAUCA